GCUCUUCAACUUCCUCGUUUGCCCUGUCACAGCCAUUUCCUCUUUACUGACACUUUUUGCUCUCCUGGGGGGGCCAAACGAGCUUCUUUCGUCAAAGUCGCUCAAACCGAACUUUGGAGUGACCUCGGAGAAGGUUUGGUGCUCAAAGGUUUUCUUUGAAGGUCUCUCCGCUCCACAGAGGACUGUGAGUACGCCGUGAAGCUCUCGGCGGAAGAGAUCACCAGCUUUCACGCGUCUCCUUCCUCGAGCGUCCAGGAUGGGGACGGCGGACUGAGAUGGUCAUGUGCGUCCCUGCGCGGUAGUCGGUGACCUGUGGGUGUGGGAUGUCCGGUGACACUCAAACCCUAUGCUGGAGGAGCAUGUCUCCCACCAGCCUUGAGGGGCCCUUGAAGGUCUCCUCGACAGCAACUGCGGGCAAAGAAAACAUUUCCCAUGUGAAGAUCAUCAAAGUGUGCUUCCUUAGCACCAGCUCCAACCUGGGCAAGAACUUCAAACUGGUCCGCUGUGAGGAGGGAUGGACGGUUAAGGCUGUCAUUGGUGUCGUGCUGUCCAGCGGCUGCGUGGGUCCUAGCAUCAAAUACGACCUGUGCUACGGCCUCCUGCUCAAACACCUCAAGUCCCCGGAGAUGCACUGGCUGCACCCCAACCUGACCGUGGCCGAGCUCACCCAGCGCUAUGAGCAGCAGCACCUCGAGGCUGAGUGGAGGUAUGACCUGAGGAUCAGAUACAUCCCGUCGGACUUCCUGGAGGCCUUCAAAGAUGACCGGACCACCAUGCUUUACUUUUACCUGCAGGUACGAAGCGAUUACAUGCAGCAGUACGCCGCCAAGGUCAGCGAUGGGAUGGCCUUACAGCUGGGCUGUCUGGAAAUUAGGAGGUUUUAUAAAGAUAUGAAUCCAAACGGACUGGAGAAGAAGUCCAACUUCGAACUGCUAGAGCGGGACGUGGGGCUGGAUUUGUUCUUUCCCAAGGAGCUCAUUGCGAGCAUGAAGCCUAAGCAGCUGCGCCGGAUGAUCCAGCAGACGUUCCAGGGCUACUGCACUCUGCAGCAGGACCAGUGCAUCACGAAGUUCUUCACCGCUCUGGCUCAGUGCUACAGCUUCACGCAGGAGAGCUACGCCUGCCAGCUCGAGCACGGCUGGAGUUUGGCCAUAGACCUGAUCAUCGGCGCUCAGGGGAUCCACCAACGGACCGAAAACUCAUCGCCCAUCUGUCUGGCCAAGUUCUCCCAGGUGUGCAGCAUCACCUGUACGGCAGAAGGGGACGGCCGCGCCCUUCUCACCGUGCACAUCGACGGAGCCAAACAGCCGCUGUCGGUGAACGUCUCCUCCAUGGCCGUAGCAGAAAACAUGGCCGACUUGAUCGACGGUUACUGUCGACUGGAAGGAGGCGCCGACAAAUCCGUGAUUACCAGACCCCCCAAAGGAAGAGACGGCAGACAGAAGCUUCCUGACAUCCCAGUGCAAAAUGCCAGAGAAGUUUGUUCCAGUCGAGGAAAAUGUUCUGAUAUUUAUGCAGAGAUUCCAGAAAGUAUCGCAGUCUGCGUGGACAAACUGAGAAUCUCCAGAGACGACGUUGUGUUGGGUGGGAUCCUCGGUGAGGGCUUCUUUGGAGAAGUUCACGAGGGAGUUUAUACAAGCCAGAGCGGGGAGAAGACCCGCGUGGCGAUCAAAACCUGUAAGGAAUGCUCGGCAGAAGUGAAAGAGAAGUUUCUCAGUGAAGCUGGUCUGAUGAAAAACUUGGACCAUCCUCACAUUGUCCGUCUCAUCGGAGUCAUUGAGGUGGAUCCGGUCUGGAUCGUCAUGGAGCUCUAUGAACAUGGAGAGCUGGGAAACUAUCUUAUGGAGCAGCAGUAUAUGUUGACCGCAGUGACGUUAACCCUGUACUCGCUGCAAAUCUGCAAGGCUUUGGCCUACCUAGAGGGACUCAACAUGGUGCACAGAGACAUCGCGGUCAGAAAUGUUUUGGUGGCUUCAUCGGAAUGUGUCAAACUUGGCGACUUUGGCCUGUCUCGAUAUGUUGACGAGCAAGAGUACUACAAAGCCUCAGUCACCCGGUUACCAAUUAAAUGGAUGGCACCGGAAUCGAUCAACUUCAGACGCUUCACCACAGCCAGCGAUGUGUGGAUGUUUGGCGUGUGCGUCUGGGAGAUUUUCUCUCUGGCCCAGCAGCCCUUCUUCUGGCUGGAGAACAGUCAGGUGAUUGACCAGCUGGAGUCGGGAGUUCGCCUUCCUAAACCGCAGCAGUGCCCCCCGCCCGUCUACGCUCUGCUCACCCGCUGCUGGGCCUAUGAGCCGCCCCGCCGACCCACCUUCAGACAACUUGUCUGCUCCCUCAGUGACAUCCAAAGGAUGGAGUCUGAGCAGCAGAACCAUGGAGGCAGAGCCAAAGCCACCACAUCCAUGUUUGACCAUAAUCAAGCAGAUCCUCCACCCAAGCCGUCCAGAAUACAAGGCCACACCCUCCCUCGGAUCAACCACCCAAAGGUCCCUGAGGCUCAGGCGGCCCCCCCGUGGGACAGCAGGAGAGUGGAGGACACGCUACAGCGGCAAAAGCAGCAGAUGCUGAUGGACAAGCUGUGGCUGGAGCAGGAGGAGAAGCUGCUGGUUCCACAUGAAUCUGUGGUGGGAUUAGAUUCUCAGACUAAGACGUCUAAGACCAACACAGAAAACGGUCCUCCCGUCAAACCCCCCAUGCCCCCCGCCGUCUCUCAGCCCCGGCCCACGGCUGAGCUGGACCGCUCUGGCGACCGCGUCUACAGCGGCACCAUGGAGAUGGUGAAGCAGGUGGUGCAGCUGAAGAACGACGUGAAGACGCUGCCCGCCUCCCAGUAUCCCAACGCCGUCAAGACGGUGGGCAUCUGUCUGCGCAGUCUGAUUCAAAGUGUGGACGAGGUGCUGCCCUCACUGCACAGCUCCGUCGCCACAGAGAUCGAGGGCACCAAGAAGCUGCUGAACAAGGACCUGAGCGAGCUGAUCGGGAAGAUGCGCCUGGCCCAGCAGAACGCCGUCACGUCGCUGAAGGAGGAGUGUCUGCGGCAGAUGCUGGCCGCGGCCCACACGCUGGCGCUGGACUCCAAGAACCUGCUGGACGCCGUGGACCAGGCUCGAGUUCGGGCCAAUCUGGCCAAACCCAAACCGGACGAGGAGGACGAGGAGGACGAGGACUGAGGAGGACGCUCUACCAACAGAUCUGUAUCAGCUGCUGGAAGACGGAGGACAAACAUGGAACGCAACGUGGAAACCACGUGUCAGAGUCAAGGCCCGGGGGCCGGAUCCGGCCCUCCGAGUGGUUCUAUCCGGCCCUCCAGAUCAUUUUAGUUUUAUUAAUGACCCGAUGUUAUCUUGUGUUUAUUUUUAACGUGUGUA